UUUUUUUCAGCGGACGUGCUCACUGCCUUGGAACGGUCUCCUCGCUGUGCAUGCAAGCGUGCGUGUGUGUAUGCGUGUAGGCUCUGUGUGUGCGUGCGUGUAUGUAUGUGUGUGUGUGUAAGCUGCCUCAUCUCGUGCUGUUGACGACCGACUACAACCGAGUCCGACCGUGAACAAACGGGAUUUAAAAAAAAGCCCACCCUAGGCGGACCGUACCACGGCGAUACUUUCGGUGAGUGACCGGUCCAGCAGGAGCUGCCCCCGGGUCGGUCCGCGACGAUGAGCCAGCCUCGGCAGGACGAGUUCAAGCCUCCUCCGGAGUGCCCGGUCUUCGAGCCGAGCUUGGAAGAAUUCAGAGAUCCGUUUGCCUUCAUCAAUAAGAUCCGUCCCAUCGCCGAGAAAACGGGCAUCUGCAAAGUCCGCCCGCCUCCGGGCUGGCAACCUCCGUUUGCUUGUGAUGUUGACAAACUGCACUUUGUACCUCGGAUUCAGAGGCUAAAUGAACUGGAGGCACAGACCAGAGUCAAGCUCAAUUUCCUGGAUCAGAUUGCCAAAUUCUGGGAUUUGCAGGGAUGUGCCCUGAAGAUUCCUCAUGUGGAGAGAAAGAUUUUGGAUUUAUAUAAGCUAAAUAAGCUGGUAGCCGAUGAGGGUGGAUUUGACAUUGUCUGCCAGGAAAGGCUGUGGACCAAGAUCGCGCUACAAAUGGGUUUCACCCCGGGCAAAGCUGUCGGCUCGCACCUGCGAGGGCAUUAUGAGAAAGUACUCUACCCUUACAACCUGUUUCAGAGUGGAGCGAACCUGCUGGCACCAGAGCCAGCUUCCAAACAGAUGUGUUUGGAGGCUGAUCCUGAUCCUGAACUUGAAAAGUGUGUCCCGAGGCCUAUCCCGCCAGCGGAGGGCACAGACAGCAUGGACGCCAAGGACGCCAAGCUGCAGGACCCGGCUCAGAGGACCGACUCGGGCCCCACUGCGCGCAGAGCGAAGCGCAUGAAGUGCGAGGCCGUCUGUGUGAAGGCUGAACCGGGCGAGGCCGGAGACAACAAGCCCAACCUGAGGCGCAGGAUGGGUUCCUUUGUCGCCAAGCAAGAACCAGAAAAAGAAAUUCCGAUUCCAGUGAAACAAGAGCCAGUUGAAAGUAAAGAACCGAUGCUUGAAGCCGACAAAACCAAGUCACGUUACAAGAAAUUCAUCCCUCCUGUUCUUCCAAGUCCAGUGGACCUGGUGGUGUGUUUGGUGUGCGGCAGCGGGGGAGAUGAAGAACGCCUGUUGCUGUGUGACGGCUGUGACGACAGCUACCACACCUUCUGCCUAAUCCCUCCUCUACCGGACAUCCCCAAAGGGGACUGGAGAUGCCCCAAAUGUCUUGCUCAGGAAUGCAACAAACCUCACGAGGCAUUCGGCUUUGAACAGGCAUACAGGGACUACUCGCUGCGUGCAUUUGGACAAAUGGCUGAUGCGUUCAAAUCUGAUUACUUCAACAUGCCAGUUCAUAUGGUACCCACAGAGCUGGUGGAGAAGGAGUUCUGGCGGUUGGUGGGAGCCAUCGAGGAGGAUGUUACUGUAGAAUACGGAGCAGAUAUUGCCUCCAAGGACUUUGGGAGCGGAUUCCCCAUUCCUAACGGAAAGUUUAAAGUCUCCCCAGCUGAUGAGAAAUACCUGAAGUGUGGCUGGAACCUCAACAAUCUGGCGAUGAUGAACCCUUCCGUUCUGACUCAUGUGACAGCUGACAUCUGUGGGAUGACGCUGCCAUGGCUUUAUGUUGGCAUGUGCUUCUCCUCCUUCUGCUGGCACAUCGAGGAUCACUGGAGCUACUCAAUCAACUACCUGCACUGGGGGGAACCCAAAACGUGGUACGGAGCUCCUGGCUUUGCUGCAGAACAGCUGGAGGAGGUGAUGAGGAAACUGGCCCCAGAGCUGUUUGAGUCUCAGCCUGACCUCUUGCACCAGCUGGUCACCAUCAUGAACCCCAACACUCUGAUGGCCCACGGAGUCCCAAUUUACAGAACAAACCAGUGUGCUGGUGAGUUUGUCAUCACGUUUCCCAGAGCCUACCACAGCGGCUUCAAUCAGGGCUUCAACUUUGCUGAGGCGGUCAACUUCUGCACUGUGGACUGGAUGCCUCUUGGCAGGCAGUGUGUGGACCACUAUCGCAUGCUGGGCCGCUACAAUGUGUUCUCCCACGAUGAGAUGGUAUGCAACAUGGCCUCGAAGGCGAGCACCCUCGAUGUCGUCCUGGCAUCCGCUGUCCACAAAGACAUGGUCGUCAUGCUCCAAGAAGAGGAGAAACAAAGAGAGCAUGUGAAGGAAAUGGGGAUGGUGCGCACCACGGAGGCAAAGUACGAUCACCUCCAGGACGACGAGCGGCAGUGCGCCAGGUGCAGGACCACCUGCUACCUGUCUGCUGUCACCUGUUCCUGCAGCCCAGGUGUACUGGUCUGUCUGCACCACGUCAACGAACUCUGCUCGUGCCCCAUCAGCAAUUACACACUCAAUCUCAGGUACACACUGGACGAGCUGUUCCCCAUGAUGACAGCAGUGAAGCAGCGAGCCGAACUGUAUGAUGAAUGGGCCUCCCUUGUGAAAGAGACUCUUGAGGCUAAACUAGAGAAGAAGAAAGGUCUCCCCGUCUUUCGCUCCCUUCUUGCUGAGUCGGAGUCCAAGCUGUUCCCCGACAACGACCUGCUGCGUCGGCUGCGUAUGGUCACACAAGACGGAGAGAAGUGCUCCUCCGUGGCACAGCAGCUGUUGAAUGGCAAGAGACAGACCAGGCAUCGGUUUGGAAGUGGGAAGUCCUGCAGCCAGCUGAGUGUGGAGGAGCUAAGUUCAUUUGUGAGGCAGCUGUAUAAUCUUUCCUGCAGUCUCCCUCAAGCUCCCAUGCUGAAGGAACUCCUGAAUCGCAUCGAAGACUUCCAGCAGCACAGCGAGAAGGUCCUGGGGGACGAAGCUCCCGCCGUCGCCGAGAUCCAGAGCCUGUUGGACGUCAGCUUCGACUUUGACGUGGAGUUGCCCGAGCUGCCCCGCCUGAGGGUGAGGCUGGAGCAGGCGCGAUGGUUGGAGGGGGCGCAGCAGGCCAGCUCGGAGCCUUCCACGCUGACCCUGGAGGCCAUGAGGAAGCUCAUCGACCAGGGGGUCGGCCUGGAAGCUCAUCCAUCCGUGGAGAAAGCCAUGGCGCGGCUGCAGGAGCUGCUCACUGUGUCCGAGCACUGGGAGGACAAGGCGAGCAGUCUCCUCAAAGCCAGACCACCACACUCCAUAGAGACUCUUAGUGCUGCAGCGGAGAAGGCGGCUGGCAUCCCCGCUUACCUUUCAAACUGUCGCCUCCUAAGAGACACUGUCAGAAGAGCCAGGGAGUGGCUUCAAGAAGCUGAGGAGCUUCAGGUGGGUGAUUGCACACUGAUGAUGGACAGCCUCUCUGACAUGGUGCUACGAGGACAAGCCGUUCCAGUCCACUUCGAGCCUUUAGAGCGACUCGAGUCUUUAAUGGGAGAAGUGCAAGAAUGGAGAGAAUCUGCAGCUACAACUUUCCUUCAGAGAGACUCAACCCUUUCCUUACUAGAGGUUCUAUGUCCAAGAUGUGAAGUUGGCAAUGUGGGUUCCCCAAAGAGGAAAGCCAAGAAAGGAAAAGAAUCGCCAAAAAGUAACAAAAAGAAAACGCCACGGCUAAACACUCUCAGUGACGUGGAAAAAGCUCUUUCAGAGACCAGAGACUCCACCUGUGCAAUGGCGACUCUGGAGGAGCUCCGGGUGAGAGAGAUGGAGGCUUUCUCCCAUCUCAGGGCGGAGAAUGAGUCCAAGCUCCUUCCUACAGCAGACUGCAUGGACCUGAAGGUGUGCGUGUGUCAGAAGGCGCCCAUGGGUGCAAUGUUACAGUGUGAACUCUGCAGAAAUGCUUUCCACAGCAUUUGUGUCCGAGAGCCGUCGGACUCUUGCGAAACGCCACCGUGGCUUUGUCCGCUGUGCCAGCGGUCAGAAAAGCCCCCCCUGCACAAAGCCGUGUCUCUGCUGGCCUCGCUGCGGCGCAUCGGGGUGCGCCUGCCGGAGGGCGACGCGCUGCACUACCUGGUCGAGAGGACUGUGAACUGGCAGCAGCGAGCACAGGAGAUCAAACAGUAUUUUAACCUACCAGAAGUGGAAGAGAGACCCGGGACUCCUCCCACUUUAACCCGCUGGGCAUCGGGCAGCCACGAAGCUCACGACAACACUCAGGCUCCGUGUUUGACUCCGGAGUGGAAUAGGACAAGCCAUAACCAGACCGUCUUCUACACGGAGCAGAGGUGCAUCCCGCUGCAGGGCCUGAGUCAUGAUCUGGAGGAGCUGAUGGUGGAGGGGCUCCUGCUGCAGGUGUGUCUGCCAGAGGUGCAGAGCCUCUUCCACGUUUUAUUGGACAGAGCCAGCAGUCAGCACAGCAGCCGGUGCCUGUCGCCACCACAGAGCGAAGCCGCAGACUGUGAGGAACACAUGCCGUUUAACUCUGGAAAGAAUCUGCCACUCAACCAGGAUGGCGUCGAUGGAGGGAGGGAAGCUAUGGUUGGCCCCGAAAAUAAAGCCAAGCGGCAUCUGGACAGGGAAGGAGUGAAUGCAGAGCACCGAGUGAAGGAUAAAAAGCACUCCCAUAAAAGACAGAAGAUGAAUAAAAAGAGGCCGGCCUCGACCUCGUCCUCUCCGCGCUCUGAUUUCUCCCAGUCCGAUGAGUCCGAUGAGGAGAUGGCCGUGUGUCCCGCUGAGAGGUGUCAGCUGCCGGAGGGAGAUGAGGUGGACUGGGUCCAGUGUGACGGCAGCUGUAACCAGUGGUUCCACCAAGUCUGCGUGGGCGUUACGGCAGAGAUGGCUGAGAAGGAGGACUACAUUUGUAUCAGGUGUACACUGCAUGAUGGACACAUGCGAAAAUAAACAGAAAGCGACGGGGUCGGUCAUCAGUCUAUUUUAUUCGAGCCAGAAGUCGGGAUGUGUCACUGAGCCGAUGGCCCCGCCCACAAGCCCCACCCCACCUCCGUCACAUCUGUCUGACCCCUUUUUAAACAACGGUGCUAUCUCCUCUUUGACUUGUUGUGCAGAACUAUAUUGUUUUAGUUAUUUUUUGUAUUUUACAUAUAUAUCUAUAUAUAUAUAUAGAUAUAUUUCUUCUUAUGAAUUGUUUGUGGUUGUCUAAAUGAAAAAAACAACAACACGGGAUGUGAAGUGCGCUGCAUGGGAUUCCAUAUCAUCAGCGCAAAGGAGUCUUUAGAACUGUAAAGUGGGUUAAUAAUCUCUCUGGAACCUCCUUGCAUGUUUAGAGCAAAGGGGAUAGGAGUCACGGUUUCCAUCCCUUACUCCCCCAAAAAAUGACUACACAUUUCUUUGAAAUCCAGUGUUUAGUACAUGCAUCUUAAUAUAAUUAUUCCCAUUUUUGUUUUGUAGAAUAGGUUUAUUUAUCUGAGCAAUAAUUUUUGUCUGAAUCGACUUAAAUGGCUUGAUCUCCGCUGAGUUGUGUUGCUGCUUCAGCGAUGGUGUGAUGUACAGAGAGCGACGCGGAUGGAUUGCAUUUCCUCUGCGGUGGUCUGCGGUAACACGUUAACCACCACAGCAUGUAACGUAGGAUGCUCGGGGGACAAUGUUACAAGUUUAUAUUGUGGAAUAAAGCCCUUUUGUUCUAAGGAUACGUCCUGUUAUUUGUCUGACACGCGGAAGAGGACAAACCACUAGAUGUCAUCGUAAAACACGGUUUGAAAUCAAACUCCACUGUUUGUUCUUUGUAUCUCGUGCACACUCACCAGAUGGUAACCAACUGUUGAAACACACAAAUACAAAUGCACAAAGGGAGGAUUACUUGCAUACAAAGACAUUCUACUGUGGGUGUCAACAGAUCAGUGUGAAUAACGACGUAACCAACAAUAAAUGUGAUGAUAAUUAAACAACACUGCUAUUUUUCACCAAACAAGUUAGUGACUCUAACAUCAGUGAGAUGCUUGACAAGAAUAUAAAAGGUGUGUUGCUGACUCCUUAAUUCUUCCAGUCCGCACUUCAAACUCUAAUUACAAAACAAAGCAAUAUUUAGUAAGCUGAAGCUCAGUGUGCUGUUAUAACCUACGAGUGAAUCUUUCAUCCUCCUUUCGAGCAGCUUGACUGGUGUUGAGAGGUGGAGAAUAAAAAUAUGAUCAGCGGUAGUCAAGUGAUACUAUUUCUCUGAUGUGUCAUCGGCCAGAUGUGUGCAACACAAAGACAAACAUUGAGCCACUCGAACCGGAGCUGAGCAACGCACUGAGCAAAGAGAGUGACGUGUCCAUCAGAUCUAAGUGAGUCAAACACGUCCUUACAACAGGCCUGAGGUGUUCAUCAAAACAGCCACCAAACAAACAGUGAUUAACAGUUCAAAUGAAUCAUUGUUUCACUGUAAUUGAAAA